AUGUCACAAAAAUAAGUAAUUAUUUCUCUAAUUAGAUAGCUUUAUAAUUAUAAACUCAUUCCAGAGUUCUCAUACAAAUAACAUAGACAUAAUACUGCUUUAGCAAUUAAUUAUUCAAAUACAAUGUUAUUUGUUGCAGAUGAAAUAACUAUUUUGGUGUUCUAGUUUAAAAAUGAAUUGAAAAAACUAUAAUAAGUUAAAUCACAUUCAAGUAAGAUUACUACUCUAAAUGUCUUUAAACAACAAUCAGGUUUAAUUUCUGCUUCCCAUGAUGGUUCAAUUAUUUUAUGGUCUUAAAUUAUAAAUCCUAAUUUCAAGUAUUUAGCUAGAUUAAAAGGACAUACAGAUCAAAUAACUUGUUUAGUAUUACAUCCUUUUUCAAAUAAAUUAAUUAUAAGCGGAUCUAAUGACAAAUCAAUAAAAUUUUGGACUUUCAAUUAUUCAUAAUUCUAAAAUUAAUCAUCCUCAUCUUGGUCUUGCUCUUAAACUAUAUCACGACAUAAUGCCUCUGUUUCUGAAAUAUCUAUAAAUUAAGAUGGUAAUAAAUUACUCUCAUGUGCAGAAAAAUAAAUAAUGAUUAUGAACUAUUCUGACUCAAAUUAAUGGUAAGUAAAACAGCUGAUAUAAAUAUCUGAUGUUGGAGUAAGAUUGUCAUUUAUAAAUGAUUACUUAUUUGCUUACUAACCAUGGUCAGGGAAAUCUAUUCAUAUAUAUAUAUUAGAUUCUAUUGAGGAAGAAUAUAUCAAAUCAAGAGAAAUCCCUAUUUAAGGAGAAAAAGAUCCUUGCUGGUUUUAUUUUCCCUCUCUUUAUGUUCCUUCAAAAAAUAUAUUAAUAUGCAAGAAUGGACAUAAAGUGAAUGUAUUAUAAUUCACAUUCUCUUAAUUUGGCUGGAAAUGCAAUUUGGAAUAAAGCAUUGAUUAUGGACAUAAUUGGAUAUUCGGAACCUUAAGUGAGGAUGGUUAAUAUUUAAUAACAAGUGAUUGGUUAUCAAAAUCAAUUCAGAUUAGAUAAUUAACUUAGUAAGAGGAAAUUUAAUAAUUUGUUAAAAAUAAUAUAAAUUAUUAUUUAUGA